CUUCCUCGUGCUGAACUGUAUGACGAGAACAUGAUGAGCCACAGCACCAGCGCGCAAAAACCGCAGCCAUACAAUAGCCUAGUCAUCUUCGGUUGUCCCUGUCGUUGCAUCUCCAGUUCUCUCAGUCUGUCUGAUGAUCUCUGUCUCGCCAACCUUCUAAUGUCUCCAUCAAUGUCCACAUCCUCGUCCUCUUCGGGGACACCUCGCAUCCUGUCCUGCUCCUGCUCCAAUACUAGGUCAUCAUACUGAGAUCGGGCUGUUCUGGGCUGCAUACUGAAGAAUAACGGGACUGCACCCAGCGCCACCAUGCCGAACAAAGUAUUGCCCACGAUCCACGAGUAUCUGCUAGCAGGAAGACUCAUAUACCACUCUACGAGGCUGAUGGCGAAGCUGAUAGCGGCCAGGCCGUACCAUAUUUUGGUCUGUGGCUCUCCAUCUACUGCUUCGAGGCCCGAGAACCGGAAUACCAAUAGAAACGGCGUGGUCACGAGGGCUAAGUUGCAGAAGUACCAGACUGGGUUCACGAGGAGUGAGUACGCGGUGUGGCCGAACUGACCCGCGACGCAGAGCAGCGUAAGCAGUACUAGUGAUACAAGCGGAAAUGUUGCGCGCCACAAGAACAGGUUCCACUCGCUGUGUGUCUCCGGGCCAUGACGGAAUUUUUCGAGCAACUCAAGCGCAGCGUGCGAUUGACGUCGUGCACGUCGCGGGCCAGCCGUGAGGAAACUCCAGACGUUGCUGCGCGCGGAUGAGCUAGACACGGCGCUAGGCAGGCUGCUGGUAUGCGGCGUCCGGAUAAGCUUGAAGGUCCACGCGAGCAGCGCCACGCUGCCAUGCCAGACUUGCGCCAAGGCGCCCAUACUACUGAAAUGAUUUGACUGUUUAACGUUGCUCUGUUUAUGUUGCUAGAUGGUGAUUUGUACACCGUAGAGCAACGGAAGCAUAUAUCAGCAACGCUUUCAACGCCAGUCACUGGGGAAUACUGUGCGAUUGAUAACGAGAUUAAGAAUGGCGGCCGACGGACUUCACGUGGACCGUACGCAGUCAAAUGCCAUGAACCUGCAGGUGCUGAAGCGCCAGGACGCUGAUGUCAUGGAGAUUGUGGACACGGCCAGCCACGUGGUUAUGUACGAGUUCGACCAGGACGCGCAGAGUUGGGUGCGUCAUUGUGGAUCGGAGAGGGAGGGAAGCGCAAUACUAACGUUAGUGAUGUCUCUGUAUGUACCACUAAUAUUAAUACUGCAGAAGCGCAAGGAUGUCGAGGGCUGUCUGUUUGUUGUUAAGAGAUCGUCGGCGCCACGCUUCCAGAUCUUCGUCAACAACCGCCUAAGCACGACCAACAUGACGCUGCCGUUGGACGAUCGUCUUCAGGUGGACAACGUGGACAGCUUCCUCAUCCUGCGCAGCCCCGACACGACGUAUUCGUCGGGCUACGCAAUCUACGGUGUCUGGUUCUUCCCGGAAGAAGAUCGUGCCAAGAUCCUACAGUUGCUCCAACGUCUUAUUCAGUCGCUGAAGGCUCCGCAGAACGCUACUAUUGCGGAUGCUACGCCUACGAAGGCUCAGUCGCCCGAUCAGACUCAGAACUUGAAGCAGCAGACGUCGCAACCUACUCAACAACAGCAGGAACGCCCGCCGUCACAGUCGCGUAACCGGGGACGUUCUCGCAACAAGCGUGAGGACUCAAAGCGCCGUGGAACGAACACAAACCAGCCCACAGCGAUCUUGCAGCGAUCUCCCAAGGGUAAGCGUAGCAACAGCAGCAGCAGUGGCGGUAGUGCCAACGGUUCGACUAAGCAGGAGAAUGUCCAGGCGAGUGGUAUGGUUCCUAUCUCCAAGGCAGACGGUAUUGCUGCGGGUGAGGCCAUUAUGGGUAUGAUCUCGCAGAAUCGACCGCAGGUGCACAAGCAGCCGGCUUCGCCUGUGAACAAGGAGCAACUUAAGCAGACGCUGAUCGGUCUGCUGGACGACGCUCAGUUCUUUGACCAGAUCUACCACGCGUAUGUGAACCGCGUCUCGAACCGAGCAUGAAAAUGUGAGUGACAAAUGGGCGUAGAUACAAGUAGCGUAGGCAACGAUGGCUGCCAUUGAUGAUCGUUGGUAUAGAACUUGAGCGGAUACCCCAUCCUCCCCCCACGAGUUUUGAAAGACGAUGGAGAACGAAGGGGGCGGCUAAGCGCGCAGAAUCGCAGAGACCAAUCUAACCCACACACAUAACAUGGGACCGCCUGAAUUGCGUGCACACUUGUUCUCUUCGUCGUUCAGUACAAGUACUUGUACUAUUCUUUUUGGUUGCC